AUGAAGAACCGACACUCGGGGUCUGGGUCGCGGAGGUCCCGGGAGGUCGCCGGGUCUGAGGUAAGAAACCGUUUGACGCGGCGCCGAGGGCCGGAGAGCGACCGGGACCGGGACCGGGAGGCGGCGGCGAUGAUGAUGAUGGCGGCGGCGACGGAACCCAAACUCGCGUUUGGCGCGGCGUCGUCGAGCCCUCCGUCCCCGGCGCUGCUUAACGGCACCGCCGCCGUGUCGCCCGCCGCCGCCGCCGCCGCCGCCACCACCACCAACGCGACGGCCUCCAGCCCCAGUCUGGGCUCCAUCAGCUCCAUCCUCCACGACCUGUCCGCCCUCAAAGCCGCCGUGGCCACGGUGUGCGGCGCCGCUUUCCUCCUCAUCCUCUGCCUACUCGCCAGAGUCAUCAGAUCUGGAAGAAAACUCCGGAAAACACGGAAGUAUGAUAUUAUUACAACUCCGGCAGAGAAAGUGGAAAUGGCACCAUUGAAUGAAGAUAUUGAUGAUGAUGAAGAUGCAACAGUAUUUGAUGUAAAAUAUAGCAGGUGAAGAUGUUUAUCAAAUGACUCUUGUUACAUGGAUGGCCCAUCACACUGCGCCAACCAGCUGGCUACUUUACCUUCUGGACAAAACUGGUUUGACAUCUCAGCUCUAUAGUAGUGUUCUAGGCAGUUUCUUAAAUAGAAUAAGCACACAAGGUGGAAAGCAAGAUUUAGUGAUUUUUGUAGUAUUACCAGAGAUUUUUUCCUGUGGAUUUUUGUAUAAAAGUUAUGUUAAGCAUCGGAGGGUUUACCACACAGUGUGUGUUUGACGUACAUCUGAUUUAUUUGUAUGAAACUAUGUGUAGGGGGUCUACAGUAGCAUAUCUGCACUACAAGGUUAAUGGUUGGAAUUUGAAACCUGAAUGGCAAACACUACAUAGUAGGUAGUUAUAUUGUAUCAACUAAUGUGAAGUCAUUUUGUUUUUGUUUUUGUACAAAAGCCUCAGUGUUUUUGAUGCCAAUAAGAUACGUAUGGUCUACUUUUAAAAUGACCAUUCAGUAGUUUACAUACAUGCAUAGAGACAUACAGUUGUCACUGAUGUUACCUGUUCAAAUUUCCUUCAUACACGAACAUGGUAUGGAACCAUGAAUCGAUUGCACGUUAUUUACAAUUUCAACAUAAAUACAUAGUUUGAGCAACUAUGUUGUUAAGAGAAUGUUUCAAUAUGCUAAAUUAAUAUAGACUGCUUCCAAUGUAAAAAUGCCUAAAAAACUAGUUGAGUUUGUUGGACAUUAUCAGCUCAAUGUAGUGCACUGAUUUCAAUUUCCAAUUUGGAAACUGCAGUAGAUACUGGGAGCUCAGUACUCAGAACAGUGCAAAAAGCACCAGAAUCAUUGACACUCUCCAUCACAAAUUGGCCGAGAGUGUGUGUUGGAAAAAACACUGUCUGAGACAAUAACAAGAGAGGUUUGAUGAAGAAUGCAUUUGUUCCAUUUGAUUUCCUUCUGCCUGACGACCUUAUCAAUUCGCCACUUAGAAUCAGGAACCUUCUAUAAUCUUUGGCAUUUUUAGACUUCCUCAGGAAAUAAAAGUAAGAAAAGAUUCCAGAAUUUGAAUACAGGAGUAAAUCUUUGUCUUGAAAAGAGCAAUUUCUAAGCAAACUUUGAGGUUUCCUUUUUAGCAGCUUGGUAUCACACUUCAUCAUAAAAUGUGAUAUAUACAUUGAUGAGAGUACUGCCAAAUUUACACUCCAGGAUUUCAUUAUGCAGGUCAUGUCAGUUUACACUGGAAUUCCUACAUUGUCUUUCAAUUUCAAUAAAGAGGCCAUAUAUUUUAUUAACACUACUGCAUGAGGAAAUAUUUAGUUUCACAUCUUCAGUGCCAAAAACAGGCAAGGAAGAAGCAACUUUUUAUUGCACUCAACAAAUGUUGUUAAGCUUAGUUUCUGCUCAAUAAAAUAAUCAGAAUUGGUGAGUAUAAUACCCAAUGAUCUAGAGAAAAUUACCAUAAAAUGUUUCACAAAACAAAAUGAGAAAUUGGUUAAAUGUAAUGGUUGAAUAUAUUUUCAUUUCAAUGACAUUUUUCAUGAAAUUUGAUUCAUUUCAAGUGCAGAAUGUUACAGUAGAAUUAUUAGAGGUUCAGAAGGGAGUGGACAUGAUUGUAUAUUUCAGAUGUUGUAAUUGGCUGCUUGUGAAAAUUGAGCUUCUACUGUACCUGUUUACAAUGAUUUUGUGAAAAUGUAUUAUGGUGAAAGGUUCAGCACUACAACCAAUGUAAGCAAAAUGGUGGUUUAUUAAGGUAUCGCAUAGGAGUCAAGCUGCUGCUUCAAAAAAAUUGCUCUAUAAUCAGCCUUUCUUCCCACACCCAUUAUGUAAAAAAAAUUUACAAAUGGUCAUGUGUAUGUACUCAAAUUUGCUCUGAUUGAAAAUCAAAUUAACCCUUAAAAUGUUGGAUUAUUCCCUGUUGUUAGAUUUGAAUUCAAUUCCUAUCUGAUAGUGUGAUUAUAUUGUAUUGGCCCUCAUCUUCUAUGGGGCAGGAAGAAAAUUUGAUCGUUAAAUCAAAGAGCUUAACCAAAAUACAAUGGUUUUCAUUUAAAAGGCAUAUUCCACCCUCAAUUUCUGACCCUUUAAAAAGGUUUAAUUUUUAACCUAUAAAAGCCCACUGAAUAUGCUCACUGAUCCCAGCACUGCCUGGAAUGACCCUUGUUUAAUGAAGGGUUACCUGACCCUAAUUCUUCUGACAUGAUGUACUUGGGAUGAAAAUAUAGUAUCAGCUUGACCCAAGAACUAUGGCCAAUUGCCUUUGGAUAAUUUUAAUGGCUGACCUGCAGAAUAUUAGCCAAGUGCUCGUUAGCUGGACUGCAAUGUAGAUAGAUGUGUGGUGUAAUGACUUAGUUUUAAGAAGCAAUUAUAGAUUAUAUCCCCAUAAUAUUUAAUAGAAAAGGGAUUCACUGGAGUAACUGGAUGGCACAUUUGCUAGAUGAGCCAAAGGAGUAUCUAAAACUUUUAUUUUAUUGGGAGUUUUUUUAAAUUAAUGUAUGAUAUUUGUGAGAUGUUGUGAAGGAAUGUAGUGAUGAUUGAAAGAUAUUCUGCAAAAGAAAAAUGGUAAACGCUGUUUGUCAACUGGAAUCAUGAAUUAUACAGCACAGAAGGAGGCCAUUCGGCCCAUCGUGUCU